AUGGAGCAGUCCUCCGAUCCAGCCACAGCGGCUAUGUCUCUCGAUCGGAAAUUCGUUCAGAGAGCUAUUUGUAAGGUCGACCGUGAUAAAAUUGGGAAGAGCAUCGCCGGAGUUGGAGCGGAGGACCUGGUGCAAGCCGGACUUGCGCCGGAGGAAGUGGCGUUGCUGGAGGCAGAUAUCAAGGACGCCGUUUCUGCACUAAAGAGAGGACUAGAGGCAUUAAGUCCCACACUUGCUGUUCAAAAUAUGACACCAGAGGAAGCUUGGAGUGGUCGGAAACCCAAUGUUGAUCAUUUUAGAAUUUUUGGGUGCAUUGCCUAUGCCCGUAUUCCAGAGCAACUGAGGCGAAACCGUGACGUGGUAUUUGAUGAAGAUUGUUUCUGGCCUUGGAAUAGCAAUGUUGUUCAACAAGUUCCAGCGCCAGUUGUUGAAGAAACUGAAGAUGACGUGCCUACGGUGGAUCCUCACAAUCAACAAAAUGAAACGUCUUAUGAAUUACAAUCAAAAAUUGUGAUCUCGUUUGAAACUGCUGUGAAAGAUAUGAAGUGGCAGAAAGCCAUGGAUGAAGAAAUGGAAUCAAUUGAAAAGAAUAAUACAUGGGAGUUAACUGAGCUUCAACAAGGGCAGAAAGCAAUCGGUGUUAAAUGGCCUAUUUUCCAAUUAGAUGUGAAGUCAGCCUUCUUGCAUGGUAAUUUAGUUGAAUAUGUAUUUGUUCACCAACCCCCUGGUUAUAUUAAGGCUGGAAAUGAGGAUAAAUGUCCAUAUGAGCACACACUUUUUGUUAUGGUUGGUGAAGGGGGGAAGAUGCUCAUUGUGUGUCUAUAUGUGGAUGAUUUAGUUUAUACUGGAAAUGAUAGUGUGAUGUUUGAAAUGUUUAAGAAGUCAAUGAUGCUCAAGUUUGCUAUGUCUGACCUUAGAAUGAUGCAUUAUUUUUUGGGUAUUGAAGUGAAGCAAACUGCUACGGGCAUUUUUAUUUGUCAAAAGAAAUAUGUGAAAGAAACUUUAGAAAGGUUCGGAAUGAAGGGAUGCAAUUCUGCAAGUACACCUAUGGAGACAGGUUUGAAGUUAGUUCAUAAAGGUAGGAAUGUGGACAGUACUCUUUAUAAGCAGAUUGUAGGCAAUUUAAUGUAUCUGAUUGCAACAAGGCCCGACAUAAUGCAUGCGGGUAAGCCUCAUUAG